AUGACCGAAGAAGCGGCGUCGAACGUCGGCGAAGUUCGAAGAUCUGGAAGACAUGAUUCCGUCGCCAGAUUUCUCGUAAAUCGGACUGUAAAGCAAUCAGACAAUGCUUAUCAUCCGACAUAUAAGAAAAACUACAUCGCUGAUCUACCAGAUUUGAUCACCGAAAAGCCAUCAGAGUCCGAUGACGACGAUGAGGCUCCAGAAUCCUUGACGAUGCCAAAGCCAGAAUCUCGAGUCUCGGAUAGGCAGUUUCAGCGGUUGAAACAAGAGACCUCUCAUCUUCCAGUGGAUACGGCCCUCAAAGUGCUCGCCUACUACCAUUUCAACGUGGAUAUCGCCAUAGCGGCCGCGAAACAAAUGACCAUGCCCCGGACGAUGGGAAAUGGUGUAAAAUCCAUGUUCCGGGCUGGAAUAGCGUUUGAGCGAGAACAAAAUCCAUCGAAACGAAUGGCAAUCAAAGAGUUCUAUAUGGGAAGUCAGUUCGGAGCGCAGUGCAAUAACAAGGCUUUGGUCGAUUUCUACUACAGUGAGAAGAACAAAAUCGGUGGGAAUUGGCGUCUGGAGAAUGAUGAGGAACCAAUGACGUCAGAGCAGCGAAUUGAGCUUCAGGAGAAAAUGAUUAGUGGCGGUGUACGAGUGCAACGCCGAGACCCAAAUGCUCCACGAAAAGGACGAAAGAAGCGAGCCAUCGCCGCGAUCCGCUCUCAUCAGCUCCGUAGGGACCAUCGUGCCGAAGCCAUGACCAAUACCGAUGACGUGGAUUCGUCGGAUACCGUAUCCGUGGCGAGCACCGAACGCGCCAUGUCAGAAAAGUCCGAAGCUCCGCACCCGCUGGUUUUGAAGCUGAACGCAAGUCAGAUUUUUGGAAUUAUGGCCGAAUCCUCGAAGGCUCCAGACGCUUCCACGUCAUCUGAGCAACCGUUUACUGUAGCCACGUCACCAACAGUUGUGAAAUCUGCCACGUCACCCGCCGAACCCUCAUCAGAUUCCUCUGUAUGCACGACGUCUUCAACAUCAACGCCCCAGAAAAUUCCGAAAUUCAAAUUCAAUCUCAACGUGGACGAUGUGAAUCGGGUGAUGGCUGCAGCUGCCACGUCAUCAAGCCAUCAGAAUCAUCAUAAGACGUCCACGACGUCAGUCCCUCAUAGAAUCAAGAAAAAAUACAGAAAGAAGACGAUCGAGGAGCUACGUGGCGGAGCGCAGAAGACGUACCCGGGUCGAGAACGACGACCGAGAAAAAUGCUCGAGGAUGAGGGUUAUUAA